GUGCGUUGCUUGCGCAAUAUCCGCGAGCGGUGCAGUCUGGGAGUUUUGCUGCACAGGAUUGGCGUAACUCUGAUCACUUGAAAUGGACGUGUUUUUAAUGAUCCGGCGUCACAAGACGACGAUCUUCACAGACGCUAAGGAAUCCACCACUGUGUAUGAGCUGAAGCGAAUUGUUGAAGGAAUACUUAAGAGACCACCUGAGGACCAGCGACUUUACAAAGAUGAUCAGUUGCUAGAAGACAGUAAAACACUGGGGGACUGUGGGUUUACCAGCCUGACUGCCAGACCUCAAGCACCAGCUACAGUCGGACUGGCCUUUCGUGUAAAUGAUGAGAUGUUCGAGCAGCUGCACAUCGAGGCCUUCUCCAGCCCCCCAGAGCUCCCUGAUGUAAUGAAGCCGCAGGACUCCGGUAGCACUGCCAAUGAGCAGGCGGUGCAGUGAUGGCCGUUGAAGAGAAAGGAGACUAGCAWAAGAGGGAGGGAUGGGAGCGUGUGUGUGCGUGUGGAUUAACUGCAGUGGAGAAGUAGCACGGUGGUGGAUGUGUAAUAUAAUUUUAAAUUGAUGGACAGGGACRAUAUAGGUGGUCAAUCCUAUUUAUGGUUCCUUUAUGAUAUCAGCACCCCCCCUCCCUCACCCCAAACUCCCUACGCUGUCAGUUUACUUUAGAAAUUGUUUUCCUUGACACUGAUUUCCACAUCACAGCUCCUUCACUUCACUCUGAGGCACCAACUGGCUCCAGUUUCUGAGCGAGAAAGUUGGUUUGGAUAGUGAGAGUGUGUAAAUGUAUGUGUUUGUGUUGUUUUAAUYGACAUUGUUGGUAUUUUUGGAAAGAGGUGGAGGCAUAGUUGGGUGUCGCAGUGCUUUUGAAGUAAAGCGUUUGGCUCAGAGUUCAGUAGUUGAACAAAUGAACUACGUGAACAAUUUCAAAACAAAAGCUUUUAUUUCCCACAGAAUCUGACCUGCCACUGAUAUAUUUACUUGGUAUGAAUCUCAGUUUUUUUUUUUUUUUUAUGUACGUUUCUGACUUUAUUUCAUAUCUGGAAAGAACAUGUUGUUUUUGUUUGUUUCUUUGGUUUACCUUAUUUGUCAGUUUUGUUGUGUUCCAUGCACUGAGACCGAAAGCGCGGAACCUCUCUGGACGGUAGAGGGAUGUUUUUGGUCAGAGCACAUUUUGUCUGUCACAUGAAGUAAACACCAGAGGAGAACUUUUCCUGUGUUUUGCUUUGAUUUUGUGAACGCCUUCAUUGUGUCACAAACAUUAAUGUGGUACAAUCCCCUCCCUGCAGUCACACACACAUUGUUUAAUAGCCUGAGCUCACGUCCAAAAAAAAAAAAAAAGGUGUCUGCUGUUUAUUUAUUUUUUUUAUUCCACUUGCUAACCUUUUUAAAAACACUGGUUUGUGUUAUAAAAUGUGGAUAAUGUCAUUUGAAAAGACUGAAGUAUUUUUUUCACUAAAAACRUUAAUUUUGCACCUUGUUGAAAGGACACAACUGUCUCAGUGUUUAAUAUCUUGCUUUCUCUGAACUUCCUGCAUUAUUCAACUGAUUUGGAUGUUUAAUUAAUGAGGAAUUAACUAAAUCAACCUGUCGUUAUGUAACAUAGCAGGACCUAUAUGCUGUGUUUCUCAUAUUGGGUUACUUCUGAUUGUGUUGGUUUAGUGAUAAGGUACUUUACAUCACAACAUCCUGUCAGCUCAAAUUUAUUAAAGGCUCGAAACGGUAAAGUUGCAUUUUGGGCAAUGCAGAGUUCCUAUACAGCCGUGAAAAUUUGAAAUGGGAUUUUUGGUAUUUUCCAGGUCUGAAUAAGCAUGGAUAAACAAAGAAAACAAACAAAAAAAAGUAUAAUUUUUUAGGAUAUAUUUGUCUUUGCAACGUCACAUUUAUUCGCUAAUUUUCAUAUCUUCGACUGACAGCUUGUAUAAGAUGGAUUCAAAUAAAAAAAUAAAAAAAACUCAAAUUUAAGAAACGGAUCCAAAGCCUUUAGGGAACUUACCCCCUAAAUCUUAUGCAACCCAGUGCAUUUUCACUAAAGUUUUAGGGCAAGUAUGAAAGUAAUAGUUUGUCAGUGUAAAGAACAAUAAAUAAAAAUGCUUUUUG